AAUUCAAAAGGAAAGUGUCCGUUGCGCAACGAUUUUAUUUCCGUUAUUAUAUAUAUUUAUAAAUUCCUGUAAGAAAAUCGCUAAAUUUUCAUUUCUUCAAAAUCACAAAAAACACUCACAAACCCUAACCCUCUCGAUCGCAGCUUCCGCACUUUCAGAUGGAGAAAUCAGGUGGAAUAGGAGUGGUGUUGUCGGCGAAAGAGGCGUUUGAGAAGCUAGAGAAAGUUGGAGAAGGGACUUAUGGGAAGGUGUACAGAGCAAGAGAGAAAGCUACUGGGAAGAUCGUUGCUCUGAAGAAGACUCGGCUUCAUGAGGACGAUGAAGGUGUUCCUCCUACCACUCUUCGCGAGGUUUCAAUUUUGCGAAUGCUCUCUCGCGAUCCACAUGUUGUUAGGUUAUUGGAUGUGAAACAAGGUCAGAAUAAGGAAGGGAAAACUGUGCUCUACUUGGUUUUUGAGUACAUGGAUACUGAUCUUAAGAAAUUCAUCCGUUCGUUUCGCCAAACUGGGGAAAACAUCCCAUCCCCAACCGUCAAAAGCUUGAUGUACCAACUUUGCAAGGGUGUUGCUUUCUGCCAUGGACAUGGAAUCUUGCACAGGGACUUGAAACCUCACAAUCUCUUGAUGGACCGGAAGACAACUAUGCUCAAAAUUGCUGAUCUUGGACUUGCAAGAGCGUUUACUGUGCCACUUAAGAAGUACACUCAUGAGAUACUAACUCUGUGGUACAGAGCUCCUGAAGUCCUUUUGGGGGCUACUCAUUACUCAAUGGCGGUGGAUAUAUGGUCUGUUGCGUGCAUAUUCGUUGAACUUGUCACCAAGCAAGCACUGUUUCCUGGAGAUUCUGAGCUGCAACAACUCCUCCAUAUAUUCAGGCUGUUGGGGACUCCUAAUGAAGAGAUGUGGCCAGGUGUUAGUAAACUAAUGAACUGGCAUGAGUACCCUCAGUGGAGCCCGCAAAAUCUUGCAAAGGCAGUUCCCAAUUUGGACGAGGCAGGACUGGACCUACUUGCUCAAAUGCUCAAGUAUGAACCUUCCAAGAGGAUUUCGGCGAAGAAAGCUAUGGAACACCCUUACUUUGAUGACCUGAACAAAACCAAUCUUUAGGCUAUAAAUGUUUAUUUGCUAAAAUAAACAUUUGAAUGUAGGAAUUCUUAUCAUGCUUCUCUCGAGCGCAUAUCAAAAUCUGUUUUAGGAUGAUUAUUGUUUCAUAAGCCCUUGCACAUGCUACUGUGCUUACAGUUUAAUUUCUACUUUUGUGAUGUUUGUUAUUCGGUUGAAUUUAAUUUUCAACUGAAUUUUAUCUUACUCUAGUAUUCACUAUUGUGAUUGAGAUAUCCUGUAUUUGAUAAACUCUUUCUACCAGAAAGUUCUGUUAGUCUUCUAACAAAUUAAUUAAAUAAGUUGAAAUGA